UGCCGGCGCCCUUCCGCUGCAGUCACCGAACUGCUGUCUAGAGAGAGCCCAGCGUCAGUACCAUGAGAGUCUGGCUUGCGAGCCUGUUCCUCUGCGCCUUGGUGGCGCACUCUGAAGGUGGCAGUGAACUUGGAGCUUCUGAUGAAUCAAACUGUGGCUGUCAGAACGGAGGAGUAUGUGUGUCCUACAAGUACUUCUCCAGCAUUCGAAGAUGCAGCUGCCCAAAGAAAUUCAAAGGGGAGCACUGUGAGAUAGAUACAUCAAAAACCUGCUAUCAUGGAAAUGGUCAAUCUUACCGAGGAAAGGCCAAUACUGACACCAAAGGCCGGCCCUGCCUGGCCUGGAAUUCACCCGCUGUCCUUCAGCAAACCUACAAUGCUCACAGAUCCGAUGCUCUUAGCCUAGGCCUGGGGAAACACAAUUACUGCAGGAACCCCGACAACCAGAGGCGACCCUGGUGCUAUGUGCAAAUUGGCCUAAAGCAGUUUGUCCAAGAAUGCAUGGUGCAGGACUGCUCUCUCAGCAAAAAGCCUUCUUCUACUGUAGACCAACAAGGGUUCCAGUGUGGCCAGAAGGCUCUAAGGCCCCGCUUCAAGAUCGUUGGGGGAGAAUUCACUGUCGUUGAGAACCAGCCCUGGUUUGCAGCCAUCUACCUGAAGAAUAAGGGAGGAAGCCCUCCCUCCUUUAAAUGUGGUGGGAGCCUCAUCAGUCCUUGCUGGGUGGCCAGCGCCACACACUGCUUCGUGAAUCAGCCAAAGAAGGAAGAGUACGUUGUCUACCUGGGUCAGUCGAAGCGGAACUCCUAUAACCCCGGAGAGAUGAAGUUUGAGGUGGAGCAGCUCAUCUUGCACGAAGACUUCAGCGACGAAACUCUGGCCUUCCAUAAUGACAUAGCCUUGCUGAAGAUACGUACCAGCACGGGCCAAUGCGCACAGCCAUCCAGGACCAUACAGACCAUCUGCCUGCCCCCGAGGUUUGGUGAUGCUCCGUUUGGUUCAGACUGUGAGAUCACUGGCUUCGGACAAGAGAGUGCCACUGACUAUUUCUAUCCGAAGGACCUGAAAAUGUCAGUUGUAAAGAUUAUUUCUCACGAACAGUGCAAGCAGCCUCACUACUAUGGCUCUGAAAUUAAUUAUAAAAUGCUGUGUGCUGCUGACCCAGAGUGGAAAACAGAUUCCUGCUCGGGAGAUUCAGGAGGACCUCUUAUCUGUAACAUCGAUGGCCGCCCAACUCUGAGCGGGAUUGUGAGCUGGGGCAGUGGAUGUGCAGAGAAAAACAAGCCUGGUGUCUACACGAGGGUCUCAUACUUCCUGAACUGGAUUCAGUCCCACAUUGGAGAAGAGAAUGGCCUAGCCUUCUGAUGGUCCCCAGGCAGCUGGGGGAAGAAACGGAUGGGUCGCCACUCAUCCCCACGCUGACCGUCCUCUGCAGCAGGGUCAUCUCCAUCAUGUGGAGGGAAGAGCUGAAGAAAACAGGCUCUGCACUGAUUCUUUGCUUGUGCUGUCCACCAGGGUGAACCCCAAUAGUAUUACCCUCAGACACAGGUCUGGGUGCUGGCCAUCCAGACCAUCCUGACCAGGAUGGAAAUCAAUCCUGACUCAAGAUGAAUAGAUGGGGAGUUGCCUUUUUAUGGACUAAAGCCAUCUGCAGUUUAAAAACCCAAGUGUAGGAGGAGAGUUGGUUCCCCCUAAUGGGUCAUUCAUGAGGUCUGCUGUUGGGAAAUAAAUGAUUUCCCAAUUAGGAAGUGUAACAGCUGAGGUAUUCUGAGGGUGCUUGUCCAAUAUGAGCACAGUAGUGUGAAGAGUAGAGACACUAAUGGCUUGAGGGAACAGUUCUUGCAUCCCAUGAGUGGAUCAGGAAAUAUUGUGUGCGUGUGCAUGUGCAUGUGUGUAUGUGUGCGUGUGUGUGUGUGUGUGUGUGUGUGUGUGCGUGUGUGUGUUUGCUCACUGUGCACAGGUUGUGAGUAUAAAUCUGAGCAAAGCUGGUGUAUUCCUGUAUCUAACUGCAAGUCUAGGUAUUUCCCUCCCUCCAGACUGUGAUGCGGGGCCAUUUGGUCUUCCGUGAUGCUCCACUUGAAUGUAUUAUUCCCGGGCAUGACCCGUGACCAGCACUAAUGUCUGCUUCACUUUUUAUAUAGAUGUCCCCUUCCUGGCCAGUUACCAUUUUUUUUUUUUUUACUAAUUAGCCUAGUUCAUCCAAUCCUCACUGGGUGGGGUAAGGGCCACUCAUAUACUUAAUAUUUAAUAAUUAUGUUCUGCCUUUUUUAUUUAUAUCUAUUUUUAUAAUUCUAUGUAAAGGUGAUCAAUAAAAUGUGAUUUUUUUCUGAA